UGCAGGAACAACCAGUAUAUCCAGUUUGCUCUCUGAGGAGAUGUGAUGACAUAUCAGACUCAAGGUACUUCAUUCUAGAGCCAGGAUCUGCUGCGUCCGGACUCAAAACUCAACUAUCAACCACAAAAAAGACUUUGUCAUGGAAAAAAUCGUGAUCCGCCAGCCUCACCAAGACCCAGUGGAUGUCCCAAACUCUCAUGAGUGGGGGAGCGGCAUCUGUAACUGCACGGAAGACAUGAAAUCAUGCUGUCUUGGCUUCUGGUGCUGCCCCUGCUUUGCCUGCAUGACUUCCAAAGAGCAUGGCGAGUGUCUCUGUCUCCCCCUGCUGGAGUUCUUUAGAGCUUGGUUGUCGCCCAUCACCAUGUCCAUGAGGACCAGCGUGAGAGAGCGCUACAACAUCGAGGGCUCCGUUGCGAUGGACUGUGUGUGCGCCACCUUCUGCACGCCCUGCGUUUGGUGUCAAAUAUCCAGAGAGAUGCAGAGAAGGAAGCGCGACGUCGUCUUGGUUAACGCAAAAACCGUAUGAGCUCAUUCUGACCGUCGGAGCUUCCAUGUUUAAACGAUGUGUAGAGAACUAGAAUAUACUAAUGUGCAAAAACUGAAUUGUGAAGAUAUGUUGAUUUAUGACACAGUGAAGAGUGAAGGAAUCUAGUUUUAUAUAUUUAAUGUCCGAAAACUUUUGCCUUUUUUUUUUUUUUUUACCUGGAUUUGUGUUUAAACUUUGUCUUGAUACAACCAGGGUCUGAAAAUUGUACAAUACUUACGGAUGACUUGUAAUUAUUCAGUUUAAAUGUGAAUUUUGUUCUGUUAUUCGUUUUGUUGGAAGUUAGGAAGAUACAAUAAAGGAAACUCAUGCAUCCAAAUGUCUA